GGGCCCCAGGACCCGCUGGAGAAGCUCGCCUCCCGCCUGGAGGAGGAGAAGAACCCGUGCCGCCAGCUGCCCUCGCUGGAGCUCAGCCACAACGAGCGGACGCGUCUGGCCACGGACCCGCUCCUGAGCUCGGGGAGCAGGAGUACCGGCGCGUCUGGCCGAGUACGAGAGCUCAACUUCCUGUCCCCCGCGGAGCUCCGCUACAUCGCCGGCCAGGCGCCCAAGCCGGCCGCGGGAGGCGGCCCCACGGGAGGCGGCCCCGGUUGCUCCGGCGAGCGGGACUUCGGGGACGGAGACGCCGUGUCCGACCUCACCUCCGGGACCUACUUCCCGAUGAUGUCCGACGACGAGCCGCCGCUGCUGGAGCUCGGCUGGCCGGACUCCCCGGCGAGGUGCGGGCCGUCCGAGACGCAGAUCUACUUCCAGAGGGACAAGUCCCACAACGUGAAGGACAUCAUCAGGGGCCUGAUCAACAGGGCCAAGAAGGUGAUCGCGCUGGUGAUGGACGUCUUCACGGACGUGGACCUGCUGUGUGACCUCAUGGAGGCCUCCAACAAGCGCAAAGUCCCCGUGUACAUCCUGCUGGACGAGAAGAACCUGCAGCACUUCACUGACAUGUGCUCGGCCCUCGACGUCCGCAGCGCCCACAUGAGCAACAUGAAGAUCCGCAGCACAUGUGGUGACACUUACUGCACAAAGAGCGGCAAAAAGUUCACUGGUCAAGUGCUCGAGAAGUUCAUGAUCAUCGACUGUGAGGAGGUCAUGGCCGGGUCCUACAGCUUCACCUGGCUGUCGGCUCAGGUGCACAGCAACAUGGUGAUGCACUUCUCCGGUCGCAUCACCGACAGCUUCGACCGGGAGUUCCGCUGCCUGUACGCCGACUCGCAGCUCAUCGACUGCUUCUACUGCCCGGAGGACGAGGGGGCGUCGUACUACCAGCCCUACCAGGCCGCCAUGAUGAGCCCCGGCGCCGCGGCGGGGCUGGACCUGCUCUCCGACAGGUACCGAGCCGGAGGCUUUGAUCGCGUCCAACGCAGAGAGACUGGCGCUCCUCUGAUAACUCCAGCAGCCCAAUCGAGCAGCAGCGUUUCCAGCGUCAAGGGCUGCGCCCCGGGAACCUCCAGCACCGUGUACAAGGUCACCCAAGGUCACGACAGCAAACCGCCCCCCAGCCCCCAGAGGAGGGGCUCGGGGCAAACGCCGACUCCUCAGAGCCACGUGACGCCGGGGCCGCGAGGUCCCGCCAACGGGGGAGCCAAUCACAGCGCAGCUAUGGACCGGCCGCCGCCCCCCUACGGCCAUCCGCCCGGCGCCAUGCGGCCCAACGCAGGCGCCCCCUCCUCCAAGUUCCAGGGGCUGGGGUGGUACGACCACAUGUUCACCAGCUCCAACCCCAAAGCCCCGCCGCCCCCCCCCGCCCACGACGGCAGGCCGCCCCGCAGGCAGCGGUCCCCCUCCAACCUGUUCCUCAACAGACUCUCGGACCUCUUCCUGCCCCCCUCCAGCAAAGAGACCUUCCGCAGGUCCCCGUCCCCUCUCGGCACCCCGCCCUGGGGGGGGCCGGACCUCUCUCAGCCCGAGCCGGAGAGCCAGCAGAGCCCGCCCCCCCCGGCCGGCGCCGCUCUCCCCGACCGUGCCGAUGAAUCGAGGACCCAGAAGCGCAUGACGCUGGGCCACAGCAAGCUGGACCUGGUGAACCAGUACAACCAGCUCAAGUCCAGGCAGGUGUACAGCCGCUUCGAGCUCAAGACCUCCAACUGAAGGCCGGUCUCUGCUUCUGCGCCCUCUGGGGUCAAAGGUCACUCACGAGGGAAAAGAUAGAAACUGAUCCGCGAAAUUCACCGACAACCAAGACAAAGGCUUUUAAUGAACUGGUGUCUUCUCAAAGUGGCACAACAACUCUUUUAGAAAUCCAAAGUUAUCACAUGAAACUUUCAGUAAUCGGUUCAUCUGUCGGAGCUUCCAGCUGCCUCAUCUUUUAGUUAACGUUCCCUCUUUUUGGCUCCUGCAGCAAACUUUUUAGGUUUAGGUUUCAUUCAAAGGGACAUUCGUUGGGACGGCGGCGCGACGGCGGCGCGACGGCGGCGUCCCUGCUGGUCAGUUAGCAUUCGGCUCUCGUUGCUGCAUCAGGAACCAACACAUCGACCCCAAAGACACAGAAGUCACAGAAAGCUGAAGCUUUUCCUUAAAUUAGGCUCAUCUGCAAAGAAAGACGACAAUUUUGCUGCAUUUCGACUCAAUAACAAUUUGAUGCUGUGGAGAAGAAAAGAGAAAUUAAUGAUUUCUGAAAAUAAAUUCCAGUUUGGAGCAUUGUGAUACGUGUAAACCUUUUAAACGUUUUCCUCCUCUUUGUGUGUGUGAUCGUUCCCGUCAGGACAUCAGAGGGACGGACGCGUCUCCGGCUGUAAAUGAGACAUUUAUGGUGAAAGUUUUAGCCUUUAGACACAGUUCAAACUAAUAGUACUAUUUGUCAUGUUUUCUUUUGGGGAUGAAUCGUGUUGAUAUUUCAGAGGAAUGUUUGUUAUUUGAACGUGUUGUUGUUUACUUAUUGUUAGCGGAUAUCGAUCUUCAUUAUUCGCACUAAUGUACAAAGCAGUGUACAUAAUACAUGAAGUGAGGAAUCUGGGUUGAUGUUGAAGAAAUUUUUGUAAAAAAAAAAAAAAGUUUAUUUUUACAAUGUGUUAUAUUACUGGAGAAUGUGAACUUCCUGUUUAAAAGUCUGUCUUUAUUUGGAAGAUGAACACUUGAGGAUUUAAUAAAACAAAAGCUCUGUGGUUGAGAUGUUGAAUGAACGUUAAUAAACCUCAUGAAGAUUGUUUCUCAUAUGAAGAAUAUGGCAACAAAGAUGAAAAGAACUGGGGACGUUGUUGCAUUCAGAAUUCAUUUUGACAGGUUUUUAAUUUAGACUUGGCACCACUGGUCGACUGUCAAUCAGCAGACUGGAUCCAGCUGUGUACUCUACAAUAAAAACAGCUGCAAAUGCAAACUGCUCAAGAA